GGCGUUCUCGCGGCCUCCCCCCCCCCCACUUCCGGGUCGCGGUGCUUGCAGGGAGCGCUCCGCGAGUAGCGUCGUUUCCGUUGCCGGCUGUUUGCAGUUGGGGAAACCGAGGCAGCUCCAGCGUUUCCCCCUAGUUCUUCCGCUCCUGUGAGGAAACAAUGUUUAUUUCUUUGUGGGAGUUCUUCUAUGGGCACUUUUUUCGAUUUUGGAUGAAAUGGCUCCUACGACAGAUGACCGGAAAGUGUGAAUUGCAGCGAAUUUUUGAUACCUAUGUAGGUGCACAAAGGACACACAGGAUAGAGAAUUCCUUGACAUACUCCAAGAAUAAGGUUUUGCAAAAAGCAACACUUGUUGUUCAGAGUGAAGUGGACAAAUGUGUAGAAGAUAUAAUGAAGGAAAAGAAUAUUAACCCUGAGAAGGAUGCCAGUUUUAAAAUCUGCAUGAAGGCAUGCUUACUGCAGAUAUCCGGUUAUAAACAGCUCUAUUUGGAUGUAGAGAGUGUGAGAAAAAGGCCAUAUGAUUCUGAUAACCUCCAACAUGAAAAGCUGCUUCUCAAGCUUUGGAAUCUUCUGAUGCCCACAAAAAAGUUGAAGGCUAGGAUCUCCAAGCAGUGGGCCGACAUUGGUUUCCAGGGUGAUGAUCCCAAAACAGACUUCAGAGGCAUGGGCAUCCUUGGAUUAAUCAAUCUUGUGUAUUUCAGUGAAAACUAUACCAGUGAAGCUCACCAGAUUCUUUCCCGUUCAAAUCAUCCAAAAUUAGGGUAUUCUUAUGCAAUAGUUGGAAUCAACCUUACUGAGAUGGCUUACAGCUUGCUGAAGAGUGAAGCAUUGAAGUUUCAUCUCUACAACUUUGUUCCCGGUACACCAACAAUGGAACACUUUCAUCAGUUUUAUUGUUACCUUGUCUAUGAAUUUGACAAGUUUUGGUUUGAAGAAAAGCCAGAAAGCAUUAUGUAUUUCAACGUGUAUAGAGAGAAGUUUCAUGAAAAGAUUAAAGGACUCUUACUAGAUUGUAAUGUAUCACUUACUUUAAAAAUAUGAAUCAUCCGUAGUAUCUUCUAUUUCUACCACAUUUUGCACACACAACAGAAUUUAUAUGUUGUAAUAGAAAGCAUCUGAUCAAUUUCACUCCUUAGAUAUAAUUUCCUACACAAAGAUUUCAGAAAUUCUAUUUACGAAAGCUAGUGGACAAUCAGUGUAUGUUUACAGUUGUUUAUACACUGUUCUCCAAAGGUACCUUAUCCUUCCAAAGAUCCCUUCUGUAGAGUACUGGGAACUACAGUUUGGAACUUGGGAUUUAGCCCAUUUAGUGUAAAAGUACAAAUCAGGUAUUUGUAUUUAAUUGGUUGGUUAAAAUGUGUAAAAAUCUGUUUUCAUUUUUAUGUGUUGUACUAUCAAGUCAGUAUUGUAACCUUUCAAAGCUCUUUUAAAAUUUUUUGUGUUUUAGUUUGGAGAUGAUUGUUCUUUUUCUUUGUCAUGUUUUCUUCCUAGGUUAGUUUACAGGAAGACUAGUUUUUCAUGGUUUUCUUUGCUUGCAUCUCAAUCACAUGUCCUAAUGUUGCUUCAUUAGUAGCAAAAAGCAUAGAGACGUCAGACAGAAUGAAGAAUCAUGGCCUCUUCCUUUCUGGUUUCCCUGAUUACUUUGCAUAACGGAUAAUGAGAGAAUGACCGUUUUGGUGACUAGCUUUUUUGUUUUUAAAUACUACACUUUAAAAUAUCACAGUGGCAUUUUCAAGCUUAAAAGUAUUUUCUUAUCUUCAGUUAUUUACUUUUCAGUCAGUUGUAGAAAAGAACGGUAGUGCUUGGUGUGAAGGCCUUUUACGAGGCUUCUCUGCCUGUGUUUAUGAAAAGAGAUGUAUUUGCUAAGAAAAUCUGGACUCUCGUCAAAGGACAGUGGCUAUUUCAGUAAAGCUGUCUUUGAACUUACACAAAAGGAAAACUUAAAGCUUUUCAAAAAUACUGGUGAAACAGCAUUCAUUGGUUUAUUUUACUUACGAUUAACUGUUGCUUCUUCUUGCUUUGCCUCCCUAGUGUUUCUGGACCAUGGCAUAUAGACUUUAUGGGUAUUCUUUGAGUUUGUGGUCUGUGGGAUUCUAAAGUAGCCUGAGGAUGAUGACUGUGCAUUUCGUGUAGCUUUAUUCUCCUAAAAUCUCAGGAGGGCAUCAAGUACUGUCAAGGAUUAUAUGGUGAUGAGAUUCUCAUGGGAAUGAUUUCUUCCUUGUGUGUUUUAGACGUUUGUACUCCUAGCAGAACUAAAAGACUUUGAAGAUCAGUUUGUCUGAUUACUAAGUUCUUAAAUCCUACAGAAACCCGCCUGUUAAAGACAUAUUCUAAAUACGAUGAGAGUUAGCCAUCUUUAAGUAUGUAUGUAUAUCAAGUGCUUAAGGACUGACUCAUGUGGUCGCAAGACCCGAGACUUGCAGUGUCCGUCCGUGUCUCUAGACAGACCUCUCUCUGCAAACUUGCCAAAGAGAAGAGAGGUAAAAAAAUAUCUGCGUGAAAACUAACAGAUGCAGUGUUGUAUAGCACACACAUUGAAAAUGCAGCAUUUAAAAUUAUUAUUUUCUCAAGGGGUUAAAACAUUUAAAAGUUGAGUUCAUUUAAUUAUAGUUGUGGUGGUUUGGUGUCUAAGUAUCACAGAAAUUUAAAAUUGGUUUCUUGUAGGAGACUUCUCAACCUUGGGAUUAUCAUAAUUUUCUUUUUUAUGUUUUCAGUGCUUUAGUUUCUAGUUCUACAGUUCUAGGAGAUGUAGCAAAAUCCUAGUAAGGAUCGGGUGCUAAUCAUCAAAGUUCAUUUUAUAGUGUUUAUUAUUACAUGGAAAGCAAUUCUGUUAGUCUUUUAAUGUUCAUGCUGAAAAUUCUUAUUUUUAUAUUUUAAUCUUUAAACAGCUGAGGUCUUGAACUGACUUAACUUUGUCAUGCUUAUUGAAGAAUGACUCAAGUAUGUAUGGAAGGGAAAACUGUUUAAGUAAUUAAGUUUUUCCCCUUCUAGGGAGGGAAAAAAACCUUUGUAAUAAUGUUUUGAGAAUGUCAUUUGAAAGUUUGGUCAAUAAUAUGUUCUUUAAAUCUGUCGCUGUUUGUACAUUAUAGGUCCUGCUUUUGCUUCAAAUACUCUGUAACCAUUUCAGAAGCUCUGCAGUGAAUUGGUCUAAAAACUGCCAAUAAAUUCUAGUUUGGUAGUCUGGAAGCCAAGCUAAGUUUCCCCACUUGUAAAUUAGAACGUAACAUAGUGAGGUACAUGAAAAGAAAAAUAUAAUUGUGUGUCCUUUCCUAUGUUUCCUUGCGUUCAGCAUAUGUGUGUUAGAGUUUUAUGUAGUCUUAAAAUCCAUAUUUAGAAUCUUACCUGUUUCUAUAUUAAUGAAUAAAAUACCAAAGUAGUGAUAGAAUUGAAGGAGCAGGAAAAUUGUUUGUUUUAGCUUCAAAAAGUGAAUCGACGUUGAAAUGAAUUUUUGUAUGUGCCAGAUCAAAGAGAGCGUGCCAGUGACCAGAAUGGUGUAAAAACAGAAUUAUACUGGUCGUGGUUCAAGUAUGUUCUGAAAGACAAUCUUUAGGGGAAUGGGAGAAAUCAGGGGACAUCCGUGUCCGUAAACCUAGACCAGCCUCUCUUUGUAUAUAAGUGUGGUGAUAUAGUUAGAUAUAAAUCAGUAUCUUACUGGCACCAGUUUCGAAAACAGGCUCUUUUUCUUGAAAAUGCCCAUCCUGAUUUUUUUCGACGUUAACAGCUACUUGGAGUUGUAUGUAUUUUUCUGUGUGAAAAAUACUUGUGCUCUUCGUUUUUCUUCUGGUAAUAACUGUUUAUGUGCCGUUUCUCCCCUUUGCCCUCAGUGGAGUAGAACGUGGUCAAAGGUUUGCUCGCAGGAGCCGCAUUCCGUGUGUGGGCAGUGGAUGCCCGCUGCCACGCUGUCGAGGCCCAGGGAAGGGCGCCUGCAGGGCAGGAACGCCCAGGACUGGCCGGGGGCCAGCGGCUGCUUUCUCAGGGUAAACCGUCCGCCUGUCUUCUCUCCCAGCAAGUCUGCGGAGGCUUCCUUUCCAUUUUCAUGUGUAUGAAUCUCUCCCCACAAGCAGAUGUUUAACAACGAUUAAUGGACUUAUUAAACAUCUGAGAGAAAUCACGAGUGAGCUUAUUUUUUUUUCUUUUGGCUUUUCCCUUUGACAAAAAAUUUAAAUGUAGUUCAAGUAAGACCUAUUAUAGGGCAAUCCUUUUUUUUUUUAAUUAUAGGGCAGUUCUGUGUUUUUGUUAAUAUAUUAAAAAUAUAAGCAGUGGCUUUCCCUGGGGGAAAAAGUGCCAGUUGGCAAUUUAAAGAAAUCAAUUUUUGUCUACUUUGGAUAAAACAAUUAACUUCUUAUGUAAAAGCAAUACUUUAAGUGUGAUGUCCUUUUGUUCAGAAUGUUGUGAACAAAUAAAAAAAGUUUCAAAAUUGU